AUGGUUGGUACGGAUUACGUGGAUUGGAAGGAUGUACAUAUUGGACAAGACCUUACCUUAUUCGGCAAAAAAUACCGUAUUGUUGGAUGUGAUGAGUUUACAAAGGUAAUAUUUUUAUCUUGAAAGAAGAAGGAGAUAAAAUCAGUUCUAAUCACCAGCAAUAAACUUUAAAAAAAUUUAGUUAUAAAUAGACUAUCUAUUGCUAUUAGGUUGUUCACAUAAUUCUGCGCCCCCUUACCCCACAAAUUUUCUUUGAGAGAGGGCGCAGAGUUAAGUGAACAACCUAAUAAUUAUUGUACCAAAUCAGUUUAGAGUUUCCUGGAAGACCGUGGAAUCCACGUGGAUUCAGAAGAACCCAUUCCAACUGACGCUUGGAGUGUCUUCAGGCAUUUUCAGCCUCAAAAAGUGUAUCGAGACGACCGACUUAAACAGAUAAUUCAUAAGCAAGAGGUUGAGGUCAGUUUUUGUCACCACUUUUAAAAUUAUCUAAUAUAAUCCCUCACCAAAAAAAUUUUUAAAAAAUUUUGAAUAGUUGACACAAACUCUGAUCUACCACUGCACAAAAAACUAAAUAGUUAACACGGCACAGCAAGUUCACAAUAUUAAUGAUUUACUUAUCAUUUUACUGUUAUAGGAGGACCUACCAUCGUGGGAAGGCCUCCCACAAACGUUGAUAUACCACGCGGCUUGGCUUGACUCAAAGAAUGAUUUUCAUGGAACAAAAGUGAAAAGAACCUUUCGUUUAUUGGCUACCCCGGCUGAUGAUACAGUGACAUUGAUUGAGACUACACCUGGCUUUAAUAACCAACUGUUUUUGAAAGGAAUGCGGCUAAACUACAUGAAUAAGGGUACAUUAGUCUAUUAAACAUAAGGUUUUUCAUAAUUAACCUACGUUAUAUUGUAAAAUGAAUCAAAAGUGAUAUUUUUCAUUUUACAACGUACGCUGAAUCGACGUAUUUUACACUUUUAAAUAAAAUUUUCCAGACAAGAUCAAUCGCUUCUACCGUGUAGCCAACUUUCGGCCAGGAAUAUGGAUUGAUGUUUUCAAACGGCCAAUGUAUAUAUACGAUUGUGAAGGUGAAGCUACAAAGGCUUACGUGAGGCAACAGUUUGGAACCAUUUCGUACGGUACACUUCAUAUGGACAUAUUGGAAAAGGGACCACCAGCUGAACAAUUUGAGAUUUUACCUAAUGAACUUAUGUUCAAGGCUAGUAAUGUAGGUUUUUUAGAUUGUAUAAUUAUCAAAUGAAGUGUAGUUAACAAAAGAAGUAUACGUAACUAAAGAAGAAAGAGUUAUAUAGCUAUCGAAGGAAGUACAGUUAACAAAAGAAGAUCAAGUUGUAUAGGUAACGGCGAAAUCAGUACUAAACCAGAGCUCUGGCCAGAGCAAUAGUGCUUAUCAGUUAAGUUUAAAAACGAUAUUUCAGGACGAGUUCCCAGGAGUAAAAUUUUUAAUAACUUACGAUGUAAACAAUCGGAAAAUAGACAUUUUUGAAGAAAGCCGGCUCAAAGAAUGGGCUAAAGGACGAACAUUCCUUCUUGACAUUGAUGCUACCAGCAUGAGGUAGGUGUUCUUACUAUUAUUAAUAACGCUUUGUUAUAUAUUGCUAUUUUAUAUGUAUAUAAUAUAUAGAUUUUUACAUGAAGAUAGCUCUUGAUCAUAGAAAAAAACAUAAGCAAGAGGUCCAAACUGACUAUAAAGAGAUUUUUCUUUAUUAAUCACUUAAAUAAAGUAAUAUGAAUCAUUAAUAUGAAACUUUCAGUUUGGAGACAUUGAAACCAGGAUCUGUGCUACGACUGUUCAAAUGGGAUUUUAAAUUGAAUACACCAAACGAAGUCACUGAUAAAUUUAUAAAAUUCAGCGAGCAUAAUGAUAGGUUGUCAUCAAUAGACUUGUACAAUGACCUUGAUGAAUAA